AUGGUAGCCAAAGCCGACCACCCCGCCUGGCUCCUCACUGCGGCCGAAGGCUACGUCGGUGACCGGUCCAACGAGAGGACCGCCAGAGGCAUCACGAGUAAGGGCCUGAGCAUCAAGGCGUCUUUUUUCCCCAACCGCCCGCCACAACCAUCAAAGCUGUGGGUGCACUGCCCAGAGGCCGCGGUCGUCCAGACUCCCCGUGUCCUCUACAUCGCCGGUGACCUGAUCCUCUUCCGGGUCCCCAUCUCUUCCGAUCCUGUCCCAGAAAACCGUUUCUUUUGGCCGCUGGAUAGCGACUAUUUCGUCUACCGCGCUGACCCCAAUUUGCGAGAGCUCAAGCUCCUCACCGACGUGCACAUCAGAAAUUUCGAAGACUGUGAGGUUGGUAUUCUUCCCCGUGGUUUCCACGACUACACCAUCGCCGCGCUGGUUGUUUGUCCUCUCACCAUCGACAGGUUUAUACUCCAUUUGUUCCACUCGGAGACAUCUAGCUGGACCUCCAUCGUGCCGCCUGUGGUGGAGCCACAGGAGGGCUUCAAUAUUGUCAUCCCCACUAACACGGAUCUUCAUCGCCAUGAUACUUCCAACGUUAUCACAAUCGGUGGUGAGUACGGCACCAUGGGUUGGGUCGAUCUCUGGCGAGGCAUCCUGUUUUGUGAUGUGCUGUGUGAGAAGCCAACUCUCCGUGGAAUACCAUUGCCGCUGCCGAUGUAUCAUAUCACAGGCGGCGAUGGGAUGGGAUUAUAUUUAGACCGUGCAAUGGAUUGCCGAGGCAUUGCCUUCAUCAAUGGCUGUCUCAAGUUCGUCCAACUGGACAUCAGCGGCUCUUGCCUCUUACAGUACAUAGACGGGGAAACAGGGUUUCCAACUUUGCUGGUGUCUGACUGGGCGAUCUCCUCAUGGACCAAUAAGAAGAUGGAGAAUUCUUACAAAGCUUGGGGGGAUGCUGAAUGCACGGUCCAAGCUUCUGAGGUCACAAUCAAAAGCGACAUGGUUUCACAACCGACUGGAAGGCUGCUGCUGCCAUCAGAGGAUAGUGUUGAGAACCCAGAACGAAAGGCAGCCUACUUACCGCACCUUGUGAUCUCUGACCCCUCUCCGAGCUUGGAUGGUGAUGGCGUUGUUUACCUAAUUGCCAGGGAGAAAUUAUAUCACCAAAAGUCAUGGGUCCUUGCUCUUGACAUGAAUAGCAAGACGCUGCGAAGUGUUGCUCCCUUUGGCAUGGUAGAAGACCCAUGUGAUUCUGUCGUGUAUUGCACUAGCAGGUCUGCCUCCAAUACUUGA